UUUCAAUAAAAUAAAAAUCAAAAAUUAUUCCACCCGCUUCCAACUUCCCGGCACACAAACUGAAACUGCCUCUUUCUCUCUCUCUAGACGUAAAAUUGUGGUGGGUCCCACAUUUAAGUGGGGGCUAUAAUUAAAGCUUCAAGAGGCAGCCUCCCUCCCUUCUCCAUCACAUCCGUAAUCCCCGCCUUUGAUAUUUUCCCAGUCUUGCGCAAUUCUACCUACAUAUACACACACCACUCUGCUUUCCUCUCAACUAUGGCGCGAGAUUUGGGGUUCUGGCUUCCCUCCGAGUUUCUCACGGACGACGACCUGCUCACAGACUUCACUUCGCCCCCCGAGGACGAUGACCUCGUCGCCGACUUGACUCGGAAGCUUGCUCACUCUGCUUUACUCACCGACUACGCUUCAAAAGGCUGGAAGCGGUCCGGUUCGCCGCAAUCGACUCUGUGCGGGUGCCAGCCCGGCCCGACGGUUAGCCCGAACUCCGUAUCCGGCUUCUGCUCACCAACGGAUGCGGAGGACUACCUGCGGCGGGAUUUACUCCACGCGGCUGCGGAGGAGGUGGUGAGGAUUCGGAUGAUUGAAGAAACGGCGGCGUUUUACUCUUCCAAGCACUUUCCGCCGCAGUCCAAACCCCGCACCGGCGCCGGGCCUCAGCUAAGUCCGAACUCGGCCUCUGCUUUCAACACGAAUCAAGCCCCAUCCCAAACUCAUCUCUCCUCUCAGCUGUUGCAAGUAGCCAGGAUGAAGCAGCAGAUGAUGAAGAACGGAGACAACAUGACCGGAGUUACGGAGUUUCAGCUUCGGAACGGAAGGGGAAAUGGCGGAGAAGGAAGGGCUCCCAUGGCAGCUUGGCCUGGUUUCCAGCAACCCGGUUCAGGUAUGCGGGCGGUUUACCUCGGCGAACCCGGUCCAAAAAAGGAACGAACAGGAACCGGUGUUUUUCUUCCUCAAAGAGUCAGUUCGCUCCCUGCUGAAAAUCGCAAGAAAUCAGUUUGCCCAACUGUUGUGCUGCCAGAAAAAGUGGUCCAUGCGUUGAAUAUCAAUGUGGACUCCAUUGAUGCCCAGCUAUCUAAAAAUUGUUCUACUGCCAGAAAAAGGGGUUAUGGUUAUGGAUCUUCGAAUUUCGAUUAUGACGCCGCCGCUGCUGUAUUGACGCACAGAAAAAAUCUGAUGAUGGCUCAACAGAGAAGAAAUCUUGCACCGCAGCCGGCCAUGAAUCAACAGCUCAGGCUGCCUCGCGAUUGGACUUACUAAAUCUUCGUGGCGAUUUGGUUCAUCAAUUUUUUGGGGGAAAUUUUAAAGAAUUAGCGUGGGAAUUAGGGUAGCAGUAGUAGUAGACUAGUAGUGGAUGAAAUGCGGCAGUGAAGUAGAUGAUGAUGAAAGGGAAAUAAAGUUGUUGAAAUAAAUUGUAAAAAUUUGGAGGGUGAUUGCGAUUAGUAGUAUAUGAAUAAAUAGGUGAAGUUUUAUUAGGUUUAUCUUUAGGUGGUUGUGCCGGCGCCGGCGAAAUUGGCGGUGGGGUUUACCCGGUGAGCUGGAGUCUGGUUUUGGUUACUCCAGCUAUCUUUUUUGUUACUAGUUGAAAUAUGAAUGAUAUGAAAGAUUAUUACUGUUUA